AUGGAGGCCUUCACUCUUGGCACUGGAGCCUCCAUCUACACGCAGAGGCUGCUACCGGCAAUCUCGUCAGCUCAGCAUGAGAUCAUCUUGGUAACAUGCUUCUGGGCUCCCUCAAAGACGUUGACGGCGCUCUCCAAUACACUCGAGCAACUUGCCCGCCAGCGUGAGAUUCGGCAGCCUGCUCGACCGCUGCGCGUGCGCAUCUGCUUCUCCUCGCGUUCAAUCCUCCAGAAGCUUUCCCACACAUCUUCGGCAGACGGGUAUGUAUAUCCCAGGUCAGCCUGGGAUACCAAGCUCGGCCUGCCGGCCCCAGAGGUCCUGGCUGCAGGUAACAUCGAGCUGGAGGUGAAGAGCCUAUUCUUCCUUCCCUUCAGCGUCAUGCACCCCAAAUUCCUCAUUGUUGAUCGUCAACGCGCUUUCGUGCCAAGUUGCAACAUCAGCUGGGAGGCUUGGUUCGAGGGCUGUCUGGAGCUAUCGAGAAGAACACCUCGCGAUGAUCCGCUCGAUGGCCUACUAGAGUUCUAUCGUACAGUGUGGGAUAGAGAUCUGGACCUAGGCGCAUCUCUGCCACCAGCACCCGAGCAAGGGAACGAGAUAACCAGUGGUGGCCACGUGGAAGAAAUCAUCAAGUCUCCGGCGGAUGUCAUGGCCAGACUCGUGGACGUCGAAGUGCCAACUGCUUCCAUCGAAUGGCUACCCAGUUGGCACCACCGCAACCCUUCCUUCUGCUUCUUGCCCUGGAAGGCCCCGUCUGUACCGGGCACUCCUCUCAAUACUACGAUUUUGACGUUGUUUGACGAAGCGAGCCGCGGAAUUUACAUCCAGACUCCGAAUCUGACGUCUCCGCCAGUGCUUUCAGCUAUUCACGCAGCUCUCUCUCGUGGGGUAGAUGUCACGAUUGUGACGAGUCGGCGCAUGAUGUUGCUGGAACAAAUCGUAACAGCGGGCACAACGACAGGAUGGUGUAUCAGAGGCCUGAUCAAACGGUAUCGACGGAUGUGUGAUUCUGCCCGAAAUCAAGGACAGGCACAAGCAGGAGGAAGCGAGAAUGUUGAUCUUGAAGCUCAGGCCAUCACACCAGGGGCUCUGAAGAUUUCCUACUUCUGCUCAAGAACGGGCUCGACCUCGGAAGAAGAGCCUGUACACUCACACUUGAAGCUCAGUAUCUUCGAUGGACAAUAUACGGUGCUGGGUUCGGGCAACAUGGACCGAGCGAGUUGGUUCACAAGCCAGGAGCUCGGUGUGCUGAUCCGAAGUACCGGGUUUGCAGCGACAAUUAAGAAGACCGUGGAUGAAGUCCUCGAUGGCAGGUUGGAUUCCGUCUUUACGACUUCUUGA